UGAGGACGUGAAGGGCUGUGCGCCAAUAAUUUCUCAUGGCGUUCCAAAAGCUAAACGCCAAUUUUUCGAAUUAUUAAAAUACACCAAAUGUCAGAACGCCAAAAUCGACCAAAAUGACCCAAAACGCCGAAACGUCAUGGCGCACAGCCCUGAAGACUAGAUCUUCCAAAAUCUAGGUUAUCGAGUCGAAACUUUUUUGAGAUAUCGAUCCUUCAUGAAUGAACCGAGUUAAACUAAAAAAUCUAAAAAAUAAACAGGCUCGAGGACGUGACAGUACCACAUUAAAACGAAACAUACAAACAUUGGCAGAACGCACUCUACUUGCUCGAUUUAGUGAAUUCUGCCAAGAAAAAAUAAAUGGAAAUAUUUGUUAUGUAUUUAAACAGGCUGGCAGAGAAUUGGCUUUUCCGGAUCCUCCAAAGUUGGAACAUUUUAAACGGGGGACGCAGAGAAAGAAUAUUAAAGAGGAAAGAGAAAAGGAGAAUUAA